AGAUUCCCUACUCGGCAGCACAGAAGCAGGUAAUCAUGGGGAUGAUCGACAAGUGCAUGGAACAAGUGCCCGACCAGACACCCAGAGAAGCAUGCAGGGCGGUGGCCAAGACCAAGCUAGAUUCUGACGUCGAGUGGAAGGCCAACCUUCCCACUACUGUCCAAUACUGCCUCUACGAGGAUCAGUACAACCUUCCAUCCGACGUUAAGAUCGCCACCACUAACUGCCUUAAGGCAGCCCUCACGAAGCCGCUGACU